UGUUUGAUCCGUUAAACGUCAUCGAUCAGUUCAACGUCGUUCACGCGGACACUGUAACGGUUUAAUCGAUCACUGCUGAAGUCACGAGCGCUCUGCGGGUUUAUAUGUGAAAAUGGCGGCGAGGCUGUAGGCCUGCACGUGAGUCAUGGCUCACAGUGACGGCUGAACGACCACUGCGUGUCACGCACAUCUGUUGUGAGUUUCGUUUCAUCCGCAUGUUCUUUUUCUAUAUUGUGCGAUAGUUGAAGUUCAUGCGUGUGAACGGGUCAAGUGUUCAUUCAGGUCCUGUAGUUGAUGGAGUGUGUAGUGUGUUGGAGGUCAUGGCCACGGGCUCUUCCAGAACAGACUGUAGCAAUAACAUCCGAGAGCUGCACGCCAUUAUUUCAGGUGCCAAACUCAAGAGGAAGAAGAACUGGUUCGGAACCACCGUCUAUGUGGAAGUGACAUCAGAUGGAGAAAGCAAGAAAACCGCCAAAUGCCACAGCUCCUCCCACCCCAAAUGGGAGGAAAGACUCACACUGAGCGUGACGCCUCACUCGCAGAUGGACUUCAGAGUCUGGAGUCAUCACACACUGAAGACAGACGCUCUGCUGGGAAAAGCCUCACUGGACCUGAUAGAGAUACUACGCAAACAUGACAGCAAACUGGAGAACGUGCGGGAGGUUUUGACUCUGACUGUGGACAGUAAGAAGGAAGUCGUGUUCACCGGUGAACUCACAGUCUUCCUGGACGGCCUGGCACUGGAUCCGCAGCACACACACAAUGGGAACUCCAGCGCUGCGAGCAAAGUCCAUCAGAAUGGAGAUGCUCUUCAUGACAGCACAGAUGAGAGCUCUACAAGAACUCACAUCAGACUUGUGAGUGACACGGCGGGACCAGAGACUGAAGCUCCACCCAACUCAUCUGCCAUUAGAGAAUCAAGCCCCUCCUACCUUGUCAAUGGAGAUGCGGGCUCCUCCCCCACGGCCACGCCCACUAGCAGUGAUGUGAACUGUGCAACUGAAAGGUUUGAGGACCCCGUAAGACAUGAAACCCAAUGUGUGUGUGUGACAGUCAAUGGUGAGGGUCUUGAGGUGUCCUCCACAGUUGAUGAUGGAGAUGAAGAUGUCGCUCCUGCAGACGUCUCCUGCAUCAUCUCCUCGUGUCCUACAGCUGCCGUCACGGCUGCCUCUUCAUCACCGGCCUCUUCCACGUCAACCGCAGCCGUCACAGAGACGACCGCCUCCAGCUCCAGCCCGCCAGCCGCCGAUGGAGGAAAACCCCGACAGCAGCCCCCCACAGCCGGCCCAGAACCACUGCCGUCCGGGUGGGAACAAAGGAAAGACCCUCAUGGCAGAACUUACUAUGUUGAUCACAAUACAAGAACAACCACGUGGGAGAGACCGCAGUCUUUACCGCUGGGCUGGGAGAGGAGAGUGGAUAACCGCGGCAGGAUCUAUUAUGUGGAUCAUAACACUCGCACCACCACAUGGCAGAGACCCACAAUGGAGUCUGUGAGAAACUUUGAGCAGUGGCAGUCACAGAGGAGUCAGCUGCAGGGAGCCAUGCACCAGUUCAACCAGAGAUACCUCUACUCGGCAUCCAUGAUGUCAGCUGAGAAUGAUCCUCUUGGGCCGCUACCGCCUGGCUGGGAGCGCCGCGUGGACACCAACGAUCGUGUUUAUUUUGUUAAUCACAGCACAAAAACCACACAGUGGGAAGAUCCACGAACACAAGGGCUUCAGAAUGAGGAGCCGCUGCCAGAGGGAUGGGAGAUCCGUUACACACGAGAGGGUGUUCGCUACUUUGUGGAUCAUAACACGCGUACCACCACCUUCGGUGACCCCCGGACGGGCAAAUCUGCUGUCACAAAAGGUCCGCAGAUUGCAUAUGAGCGAAGCUUCAGGUGGAAACUGGCUCAUUUCCGUUAUCUGUGUCAGUCUAAUGCCCUGGCCAGUCAUGUGAAGAUCACUGUAUCAAGACAGACACUGUUUGAAGAUUCUUUCCAGCAAAUCAUGAACUUCAAGCCGUAUGAUCUGAGACGGAGACUCUACGUCAUAUUUAGAGGAGAGGAGGGGCUCGAUUACGGAGGUCUCGCACGGGAGUGGUUCUUUCUGCUUUCUCAUGAGGUGUUGAACCCUAUGUACUGUCUAUUUGAAUAUGCGGGCAAGAGUAACUACUGUCUGCAGAUCAACCCGGCGUCCACCAUCAACCCUGAUCAUCUGUCCUACUUCUGCUUCAUCGGCCGCUUCAUUGCCAUGGCACUGUUUCAUGGGAAGUUCAUUGACACAGGCUUCUCGUUGCCCUUUUACAAGCGAAUGCUCAAUAAGAAACUCAUCCUGAAAGAUCUGGAGUCAAUCGAUCCAGAGUUCUACAAUUCUCUCAUCUGGAUCAGAGAUAACAACAUCGAGGAGUGUGCUUUGGAGAUGUAUUUUUCUGUGGACAUGGAGAUUCUGGGUAAAAUCACGUCACAUGACUUGAAAACGGACGGUGCCAAUAUCCUGGUGACUGAGGAGAAUAAGGAGGAAUAUAUUGGGUUGAUGGCGGAAUGGAGGUUUUCUCGAGGUGUUGAGAAUCAGACCAAAGCCUUUCUGGACGGCUUCAAUGAGGUCGUGCCGCUACAGUGGCUUCAGUACUUUGACGAGAAAGAGCUGGAGGUGAUGUUGUGUGGCAUGCAGGAAGUGGAUCUUCAGGACUGGCAGAGGAACACUGUGUAUCGUCACUACACGCGCAACAGCAAACAGAUCAUCUGGUUCUGGCAGUUUGUGAAGGAGGUGGACAAUGAGGUGCGUCUGCGGUUGAUGCAGUUUGUGACGGGCACCUGCCGGCUGCCGUUAGGAGGCUUCGCUGAGCUCAUGGGAAGCAACGGCCCUCAGAAGUUCUGCAUUGAGAAGGUCGGCAAAGAGACGUGGCUGCCCAGGAGUCACACCUGUUUUAACCGACUGGAUUUGCCUCCGUACAAAAGCUUUGAACAGCUGAAAGAAAAGCUGCUCUUUGCCAUCGAGGAGACGGAAGGAUUCGGUCAGGAGUGAAAGUCUUUCCCCUUUACAGCCAAGUAAAUCAAAACUAUGAGACUUGCACAGAAGAUACCAAUGUAAAUAAGCUAUUUCGUCAUUUUAAACCAAAUCUUAAUCUAAGACCUCAUUUAGCCAUCUUCAUAACAUGAUUCCCCCAUAAAUAUGCAAGCUUUUCUGAUCUUUUUCAUGCUGAUAUCUUAAAUGGACUUGGGUUUCAUGAUUUGGUGGCUUUUUAAAAUGAGCCUGAAAAUAAAACCUUAGAGAAGAAGAUUUUCUAGCAGAACUUCAACUAACUUACAGCUCUAGUUUUAUAGAGCUUUUACUGAAUGAUUGUAGAGUUUGAUCAGGUGCCUGGAAUUUCUCCUUUUCUUUUGGUUGUUGGACAUUUGGUUUGGUUGUUAAGCGCUUGCAUGGCUGCCUACAGAGUGAACAUCUUUAGACUGGAACGGCCGUCUCAUAUCAUUACGCAGGUUUGGCUCUUGAAAGUAUUUGCUGUUUGUCCAUCAGUAUUUGUCAGUAAAACAGAAUCUGGACGCUCAUGCUCAUGAAGGCAGCGGCUGUCGUGCUUUCAGCACAUGUUUCUGUGGCCUUUGACCCUCAGUUCUGCAGAAGAGGAAAACUGUGUCCAUAACUACCUUUCAUAUUAAAAUAUAUGAAUUCAAACAAA